AUGGCAAGGACUAAAAGACAGAAGAUUACCGGAAAUACACUUGUUGAUCAACACGAGGAUAUAGCUGAAAAUCAGAUUCACAUUGAGGAGCCUAACUCUACAGGAACAAUAGCAAGAAAUGGAAAGUAUGCUCCUCUAGACGUGACAGAUUGGCGUGAAAUGACAAAUGAUAAGAAGCAAGACAUGCUUGUAUUGGUGAAGGAAAAAUUUCGUCUUUCUCCAGGUGCAGAUUUUUGGACUUUGAAAUCAAUCGGCAAAAAAUGGAGAAAUUGGAAAUCAGCUUUAAAGGCAAAAUAUUACAAUCCAAAUGAAUCCAUUGAGAGUCAAAUUAACAAUAGGGAUCAGCGGAUCUUGAAAGAUCAGUGGAGAAAUCUUCUGGCUUACUGGAGCUUAAAGGAAACAAAGAUGAAAAAAUUAGGUCAUCUCCCAUCACGAGUUGAUAUGUUCGAACACUGUUAUACUGACUCAAACGGAAACCCAGGAAAUGAUGACGUUGCAGCUACAUUACAAGCUUUGAAGGAAAAAGUUAGCCAACUUCCCCCUGGUUCUAAUGAUGAUGUUGGUCGUAAUGAUGCAUUUGCCCAAGUAUUUGGGGAAGAUAACAAUGGGCGUGUGUGCAUGUAUGGUCUAGGUGUGACACCAUCAGACAAAUGGGGUAAUGUACCUAGUCGCAGCACUUGUCAGCGUAUCGUUAUGGAGCAAAAGGCAGCAAUUUCUAAGAUGGAAGAUAAAUUUGCUGAGCAAGAUCAGCAGCUGAAAGACCAAGCCAAAGAACUUGCAGAGCUCAAAGCAAUGGUGUGUCAGCAGCAAAAUAGUGGCUCAAAAACUGGUGGCUCGAUAAAUUCAACGUCCUCUAAUCAUGUUUCAAAAUCUCCUAUGGGUGCUCGUUCUCUUCAGGAAGGUGAUUGGGUGGAUAUUUUCAGCUUGUUUGAUCCAACAAAAUGUCUAGCUAUUGGUCGCCUCCAAGGAAUUGAUCCUUCUAAAGUUGUUGGUGGACAACCAUUAGGACCAUGUUGGUGUGAAAUACUAGUACAAAUCGUGAUGGAACGCAAUGAACAAUUGAUUAGGCCUUAUGGGCUAUUGCAAACAAUUGAAGAUGCACUUGGUGCACCGAUUGCUUGGCCACUGAAAUUGGUGAAGAUUCAUGAGGAUUGA